AUGGCUGGGAAGAAAAAUAUUGAUUUGCACGUUUGUGCCACAAAGAUGAGUGAUGAUUUGAACAAAAGGUACCAAAACAAUACAUUCAACAAAAUUAUACACAUUACAAACGGUUUAUUUAACGGUGAUGGAGGCAAAUUGACGCUGGUUUUUGAUACUCCCCUUCCUCCUAAAGGACAUAUCAAGGAGUCAGAAAGAAAGAUCGAGCAAAAAAUAAGUGAUUUUACAGGAGUGGUAACGCUUGCGUAUGACCUUAGUAUAAAGAAGAAGAAAGGAUCAAUGGAAAUCAUUGUUGCCGAGUCAAACACCUCGUGUAUCUUUACAUUACAUUACAAUUUAUAUGUACCAACCAACCAACAAGUCAUCGAGGUGCCACCGAAUGCUUCAUUUAAGAAAGUCAGGGACAUUUUAUGUAGGAAUAUCCCUCCCCUAGAAGCUGUUGAACCGGGUUCGCAUUUUAAAGAGUUCACAUUGGGUACUGCAGUUGAUUUUGGUGAAUCGAAAACUGUCCAGUUCAAACACUUAUUAGAAAAGCGAACAAAAAACAUCGGUCUCGCUCAACGCUUGAUUAAAAAUGGCAAAUUUAUGUGCUAUGUUUCUGCAUUCGCAAAUCAUAGCGCUGGUCAUAUUUAUAUUGGCAUAGAUGAUAACGGUAUAGUCCAAGGAGAAAAGAUAACUCUCCGAGACCAAACAGACCUAAAGAAAGAGAUAAGUAAAGCAAUCGGAAAUAUGAUAUGGCCUGAUAACAGCAAUAUGCAGGGUGGAGAAGAGAAGCGAUGGCAAAUCAACUUUGAAGCAGUAAAAAAUACCAACGGUGAAAUUGUUCCAUCAACCUUUGUGAUCGUCAUUUAUGUCGCCCAAUGCCCUGGUGGUGUGUUUACGAAGCAGCCCGAAUCUUAUCAGAUCAAUGAAGAAAAUGAGGCAGUGAAGAUUGACUUUCCUACUUGGAAAAAAAUUAUCGUAGAAGGCUUGGAAAGAGAUAAAGGUAACUAAAGAUUUCAAUAGAAUUCUAUAUAAUCACUUAAUUAAUGUGUAUUCAAAUCGAGAUAUCUGUAAUUUUUUCUGCAAUUGUUAAUAUAAAAAUGUACUCUAUGAUUAUGAAGAUUUUUGUCCAAAAUGUUAUUCUUCUGAAAAUGAGAGGAUGUAUAUUUGGGCUGAAUAUGGAGAAAGUUAUUCGGGAUUUAUUGGUGUUGUAGAAAAUAAAAUAUCCACAUAUGUUGUAUCCACAUCUACAACACCAGAAAAGUGUUCAACCUUCCUCAGGAUAUAUAAAGUUUCAGGUUUUCAAAGCUUCCUCAAAAUAAUGUGAAUUGUAAAAAUGGCUGUUUAUGAAAAUGGCUCUAUUUAGCAUUGAUCAGCUGGUUGAUUGCAUUGUACUCACAUACAGACAAGCAGUGCAGGGUGGCGACUGCUAGCAUAUAUGCAUGUAUAUAUGUUAAGAUUGCUAUACAGAAACCAGGUUCCCAUGCAGAAAGUAGGGUGUUUAACGUAUAUUAUACCUUCCUCACUGACCUCACAUAUACUGUAUGGUCAACCUUCCUCACGGGUAUAUAUACCCGCAUAUACCCCACAGUUUUUUUGCAACUCUGUACAACACGUCUUAAUUUGCAUAAACUUCCCUCGACUCUCUCAGUAAAACUUACUUUUAGAAUCAGCCAGCAAAAACACGGCUAUUCGGAUCUUUACGUUUCUUAAAAAGGUGAGGCUUUUGUGUCUCAUUGUAAAAUAUAAUCCUUAAGAUAAAAUCGAACAGCAUUCAACAAUUUAACACGGAUAAAUGCAUGAAAAGCAAGACAGUUUUUACUUUGAUUGAGUUUUUACUUGAAUAACACCUAAUUUCCAUUAUUCCAUAAUAGCAUGCGCAAGCUUUAUGAGAAUAAAACCUGCAUUUUUUUAGACGAUGGCAAAGAAAUCAACGAAGCCUCUUACGAAGCUGACGUUGACGAAAUGCUGACGGAACUUUUGAAUGAUAACUGCGAGUGGAGCGAGUUGAAGAAGGCAGCUGAAAAUGCGCAAACAACCCACGACGAAGUUGACGUCAGAUUGCUCUGUCUGUCCAAGUUGAUUAAAUAUUGUUUAAGGAAAGGUUAUUAUGAAAAAGCUGAUGAGAUGUUUGAAGAAUAUAAGACUAUAUUGCCGGAAUCAGCUAAAGUAGAGGUAUUUGAAGUUAUGGAACAGUACCUGCUCUGUUUAAAAGAAAGAUCAAACGGUAACUUCGAGACAAGUUACGAAAUUGCGGAGAAAUGUUUGAACAAAUUAGAUAAAAUCCAACCUGGUAUCAUCUCGGCAGCAUUUUUCGUUCUUAUAGCGAUUGUUGUCAACAUUAUCGCCAUGAAGAAAAAGAAUCAAUCCGAAAGGAAUCCCUUCGUAAGCAAAGCAAAGCAAAGGAAUAUUACUAUACGGCUGAACGUCACUUACAAUACGUGCACGGAUUCGAAGCUGCGAAAGCAGACCUCAGACAAAAGAUUUACAUGA